CACACACACAUGCAUGUUCCUCUUUUUCAGUCCGUAUGUGUUUUAAAGUGUCAGCAGAAGUUGGAUUACCAGCCACUCCUUUCAUAAACGCUGCUAAAUAAGAUCAUGUAGAAGUGAUUUGAGCGUCAUUCAGAGUCUGCAGUCAAACGUCUCAUCGGCUGGUCGAACCGCAGAAGAGUCGGGAAGUCAACGCCGCUGUCGUCCUCCAGCAGAUCCUGCAGAUCAUCAUGCGACGCCGUCUCUGUUUCCUCUUCUUCCUUCUCUUUCUGCUGCCUCGUUUUAACCCCUCGCUGGCUUUCUCUCUGAAAAACUGCACUAUCGAAUAUUCUGCAGACAUCACUGAUGUUUCGGUUACCUGCACAGAUCGAGACCUCGCCGCCGUUCCUGAUGACAUCCCCAAAACCGCCGUAUCUCUCGAUCUCAGCUCCAAUCAGAUCCUGAGGAUCAACCGGACUGAUCUAAGCGGUUUAUCAAAGCUUGUUUACUUACAGAUGGUGUUAAACUCAAUGUCGCACAUUGAUGACGGCGCUUUUGCAGACUUAGUGGAGUUAACAGACCUUGAUAUAAGUUAUAAUGACCUCACAAACCUGACAGACAACAUGUUUCAGGGACUGACCAAAUUAGUGAGUCUGUCUUUGAACCGAAAUCAGAUUGCAUACAUCUCUCCGCUGGCCUUUCAGACGCUGAUAAACCUACAGAAAGUAGACCUGAACAUAAAUGAGCUACAUCAAAUUACUGAUAUUGUGUCUAUUUUACAGCUGUCAAGCUUAAAAGAACUAGACAUUGGGAUAAACAGAUUCACCACCUUUGAUUCUGACGACCUGCAUUUAAACAUCUCAAACCUCACGACACUGCAGUUGAAUUUGAAUCCACUAAGAAAGUUCAGCAUUACAAAAGACGUCUUUCCUCAUCUUCAGUCUCUCGAUUUGUCCAAAUGCAGCAUUGGCUUUGAGUGGAACGUACCGGACAAGACGUUUCUGAGGGGUUUGACUAGUUUGUAUUUAAGUGGAACUGAAAUAAGUUUUGAAACGUACAGCGCGAUGCUUCAGAGCGCCGAGUCAGUGGAGUAUCUCUGGCUCAGCUACACGACAGAAUGGUUCGAUAAAGGUCUGAUAGACGUCGCCUGCCAGAUUCCUGCUUUAACAAGUCUCGAUUUGACUUUUAACGACAUUCACGUUUUAAACGACACACUGCUUCAGCCUUGCUCCAAAAUCACAGAGCUGGCUUUAGUUGGUAACGUCAUGACCGACCUUUCCGAGAACUCGCUCAGACCUUUGAGUCGGCUCAUGGAACUGCAGUUACACCAUAACUUUCUACCACGAGUGCCGCUCGCCAUCAGAGGCCUCUCCUCACUUGCAGUCCUAUCUCUGAGUUCAAAUGAUAUCGGAGAGCUCGGCUGCUCCGACUUCCUGAACUUGACGAGAUUGAUGCAGCUCUACCUCAGUAACAAUCGCAUCUCAAAACUCAGAGGAUGUGUUUUUCGAGAGUUGAAGAUUUUACAAUUACUCUACCUUGAAGAAAAUCCAAUUUACAGUUUGGAUGAUACUUUCAAAGUCAGUUUGAGGAACUUGCGCAUUUUGAAUAUGCACAUGAAUGAUUUUAAGGGACUCGAUGAAGGAGACUUUGGGAAUCUGUCUUCCCUCCUGUCUUUGGAUUUAGAGUCACAGUCAGAAUGCAGGGUGGAAAACGGGACUUUUGAAGGUCUUGAUCAUCUCCAAACUCUUAUCCUUGCACCGUACUCUCUCAGGACAGACAUGUUCAGAGGAAUGCCACACUUAAAGGAUGUGACACUGUUCCUCCCCAAUUUUUUGAACAGCUUGAGUCAUCAAGUACAUAAUGAGCCACCUUUCUUAAAUGUACCGUCUUUAAGGAAGCUUAUAAUCCAGAACAACAAUAAAUAUGCCAUGGUUAUCUCACCAGACCUGCUCAGAGGUUUGGAAUCUUUAGAGCACUUUGCAGCUGUAAAUUUCUUCGCAGGGUCACCACACCAAGACACAUUUACAUUCACUCCUCGACUGACAGAACUUCAGAUAACCGACAGUAACGUCUCACAUCCAAAACCUGAACUGUUUCGGCCGAUCCCGAACCUGAAGUCUCUCGAUCUGUCCAAAAACAAGCUCAGAUCUUUGGAUUUUCUGGCUCAGGUCGACCUGCCGGCUCUCGGCUGGUUGAAACUGAGUGAGAAUGAGUUGACGGUGAUCAAUGAAACGGUCUUCCAGUCUCUGCCUGCACUAACAUAUCUGGACCUGCUUGGUAACCCUUUCACCUGUGACUGCUCUAACAUCGGCUUCAUCCAAUGGGUGAAGAGCAACAACCAGACACAAGUUCUUUACGCCUACCAGUAUGCUUGUUCUUUUCCUCCAAGUUUUCAAGGAAACAAGCUGCUGGACUUUGACAUCCAGUCCUGCUGGAUGGACAUUAACUUCUUCUGCUUCAUUUCCAGCACUUGUCUGGUUGUGCUAACGCUCCUCACAUCCUUCAUCUACCACUUUCUGAGGUGGCAGCUAGUCUACAGCUUCUACCUCUUCCUGGCCUUCCUCUAUGACAGCAGGAAGAGGAAGAAGGAAUCUCGUCACUGCUACGACGCCUUCAUCUCCUACAACGUUCAUGAUGAGGCCUGGGUUUACAGAGAGAUGCUUCCAGUGCUGGAAGGAGAGCAGGGCUGGAGACUCUGUCUGCACCACAGAGACUUCCAACCAGGUAAGCCCAUCAUAGAGAACAUUACAGACGCCAUCUACAGCAGCAGGAAGACCAUCUGUGUGAUCAGCCGGCGCUACCUGCAGAGCGAGUGGUGCUCCAGAGAGAUCCAGAUGGCCAGCUUCCGUCUGUUUGACGAGCAGAAGGACGUGUUGAUCCUGCUGUUUCUGGAGGAGAUCCCGGCCUAUCAGCUGUCUCCGUACUACCGUAUGAGGAAGCUGGUGAAGAGACGCACCUACCUGAGCUGGUCGCAGGCCGGCCAACACACGGGAGUCUUCUGGCAGAACGUACGGAGAGCUCUGGAGACGAGGGACGCUCCCACCGAGAACACCAACCUGCUGACUGCCGCCCUGGCUCCAGACCAGGCCUGUGGCUACGACUGAAUGUCAUGUCCUCUGUAUUUGUUUUUGUGAAUUUGGGGGUUUUAGUAACCCAGUGGAGGUUUCUACAAUCAAAAACUUAUGCACAGUAGUUUUUUAAUAAGCUGAUUCCUGUAUUUCGAGAUUCGAUAUGCUUACAUUUGACUUCUUUUAAGCCAACAAAUAAAUACAUAAAUUAUGUCAGAAACUCAUUUCUAGCAGUGUGGAAAUUGCCAUUAAACUCUUUAGACCUUAAUGUUGGGAUAUUUAAAAAAAAAGCUUAAUAUAGAGACUCACAGGUGUAGUUGGUAAACUAGUGUAGUUGAUGAGCUAACCGCUAACACGCUAAAACAACAAAGAAACAACAGCUCUCCAAACUAGUACUAGUAAUGUACCUUUACAUAAGUAAAGGUACAUUCUCAAUAAAUAUGCAGAAUGUCCCUCAUAUUCUUAUAUUACAUGUUUUUAACUGAUGCAUUAACAUUUAUACGCAGCAUUUUAAUUUUGUAGCUGGUCAUGGUUGGAGCUAAUUUAAACGGUUUUAUGUACUGUUGCAUAUGUAUUGUUUUAAACUGUGUAUAUAUUAAUCUGCAAAGUAUAUAGCUGGUAAAUUUAGGUGCCGAGUUUAUGUAGUGAAGGAUAUUUGCCUCUAAAAUGUAGUGAAAUAGUCAAGUAAAGUGCGUAAAGUUCUACAGUAAAUGAACAUAUAAGCACCACAACCAGGUCUUUUGUUGGAUUGGAGAAAUAGUUGCUGUCAACAUUUUGAUCAUUGUUAUAGAUAAUUGCUAAUUGAUAUAUUUAACUGCAUGUAAACAGAGAAUAAAUACACAUUAAAUGUGAUCCCAUUCUUUUUUAAGAGAGGUGAGUUGUUGUUGUUGGGCUCUUUGUUUGUUUGUUUGUUUUUGUUUUUUAGUAUUAGCACACACUAAUGCUAAUGCUAAUGAAGACAGUCUCGCUAUGCAGAUUUGUACUUUCUACAGUAGCUACUGUUAUCUUCUGUUCCAGCCCACCUAGAUAUUUCUUCAAUAUCAAGACGAACUUUUAGUUAAAUGUUCCUUGUAAGGUGUUACGACUGACUCGCAGGGAGAUACACAUCAAACUGAGCAGUGACAAACUGAAAUUUCUUAAAGUAAAUUACCUGAUAAUUAUGAUGGGGUAUGAAAGUCAGGAUCAGUGGUUUAUGAGAGUGCAUGGAUGCAGUGGCUGAUGGGAGGCACAUGUUGUUAGUGUUAAAACAAAAGAAAGCAACACAAAAGAAGCAUCCUGAGCUUGGCGAGGGGUGAAGGGACCGACACACACUGGCCAGGUGUUCCCAAGGUGUUCCCUUAACAAAAGUGACCAUUUUAAACCAAACCAUCAUCUUUAAACCUAACCAGACCUGAACCAGACCGCUGUCACAUCAUAAA